AUGGAAGUAAAUUUAGCCCAAUCUGAUGUACAAACUUUACAGGCGGAAAUAGAGACCACAAGGAUGAAUAUGGAAUGUGACAGAGGUUCUGUCUACCCACAUCCGUUAUCAGUGAAAUCGAAAUUUGUAGUCACUAAAGAAUUCCUAGAUUGUUUACCUUCUUUAGGUUGUAUAGUUCUUACUUGUGUUGGUCUUGAUAACAUUGAUUUGGAUGAGUGUAAAAAAAGAGGUAUUUUCAUUGGAAAUGCUGGCACUGUUUAUUCAGAAGAUGUUGCUGAUUAUGCUAUUGGUCUUUUAAUUGAUGUUCUUAGAAGAAUUUCUUCUGGUCAUAGGCUCGUUCGUUCUGGGUUAUGGUUAUGGACCAUCAACAAAGAGUAUUCUCUGAGUUCUAAGCUAACCGGCAAGCGAAUAGGAAUUGUUGGGUUGGGAAGUAUUGGGACCGAGGUAGCCAAGAGACUUGUGGCGUUCAACUGCAUUAUCGCAUACACCUCAAGGAAUAAGAAGCCAUCAGUGCCAUUCUCUUACUAUUCCAAUGUUGUUGAUCUUGCAUCCCACAGUGACGUUCUCAUCUUGACGUGUGAACUGAAUAAACAAACCUUUCAUAUCAUUAAUAAGGAUGUAAUGCUGGCAUUGGGAAAGAAAGGAAUCAUCAUAAAUGUGGGAAGAGGAGCUCUGGUUGACGAAAAGGAAAUGGUGCGGUGUUUAGUGCAAGGCGAGCUUGGUGGUGCUGGGUUGGACGUAUUCGAAAAUGAGCUUCACGUUCCCAUUGAACUCGUUGGAAUGGAUAAUGUUGUAUUGACUCAUCACAAUGCUGUGGAAACUCUGGAAUCAUAUACAGAUCUUCAUGAACUGGUAAUAUCCAAUUUGGAAGCUUUCUUCUCAAACAAACCGUUGCUGUCUUUAGUUAAGUACGAUUGAAAUGGCUGAUCCAUUUUACUUCUAGGUUCAGAUUUUAAUGAAAUUUCAUGUUUUAGUUGCAGUGUUUAAACUAUGUUCUAGGCUCACUAGACAAAGAAACAACUCAUUGGAAGUUUUAUUUGACA